AUGAAGGAAACCUGCAGGAUCUGUGCCCGAGAGCUGUGUGGCAACCAGCGGCGAUGGAUCUUCCACACGGCGGCCAAGCUGAACCUCCAGGUGCUGCUCUCCCACGUCCUGGGCAGGGAGCUGUGCCGGGAUGGCAAAUCCGAGUUUGCUUGCAGCAAGUGUGCCUUCAUGCUGGACCGCAUCUACAGGUUCGACACCGUCAUCGCGCGCAUCGAAGCCCUCUCCAUCGAGCGCCUGCAGAAACUGCUGCUGGAAAAAGACCGCCUCAAGUUUUGCAUCGCAAGCAUGUACCGCAGGAACAAUGAAGACCCUAGCUCAGACGACAGAGCUGGGGAUGGGGCUGUGGACCUUUCUAACCUGCCUGAUGCACGGUAUGCUGCCCUCCUUCAGGAGGACUUUGCUUAUUCGGGGUAUGAAUACUGGACGGAUCAAGAAGAGCACAGCUUGGAGCCCCACAGCUGCCAUGCUUCAGAGGGUGCGAGCAAUCGCCCGCGGCGCUGCCGUGGCUGUGCCGCGCUGCGGGUGGCCGAUGCUGACUAUGAAGCAAUUUGCAAAGUGCCACGAAAGGUGGCCAGAAGCAUCUCCUGCGGGCUGUCCAGCCGGUGGUCAGCCAGCAUGGGCAAUGAGGAGUCAUCUGUGUGUGACGUGGUGGAGUCUGCCAGCACCAGAGUGCCUGUGGAUGGGGAGAGCAUGGAGGAAGGCACACCUGCAUCCUCUGUCGAGUCCCUGGACACAACCGUGGAGGCAAGCCCUCCACAGCAGAAGGAUGAAGAUGCAGAUAAGGGGGUGAAAGGGAAUGGGAAGUGUGAUGACUUCUCAGAUGACCGCAUGACCCCAAGCUCUUCACAGAGUGGGAACAGGCUGGAGCUGGCCCUCAGUUUGAUCAAGGCUUUGGACUACAAACCCCUUCAGAGUCCUCGAGGCAGCAGGCUACCUAUUCCUGUGAAGUCCAGCUUGUCCUCUGCCAAGCUCAGCCGUGAUUUGGCAGAUGGCAGUGCUUCCGCUGGCUUAGGAUGCGCUGGAUCUGCCUUACUGAACGCAGACAGAAAAUCCUUUUCCAGAGCUCCUUUGGGUGUUUCCCUGGAGAUUUCUGAACUGCAGGAGCUGUGGGAUGACCUCUUUGAGGAUUAUAUGCCGCUGCGGGUACAGAAUUUGCAGGAUGAAUGUCAGCAGUCGGCUCCAGGCGCCCCUGCAGCAGGGGAGCAUGUAUCCCAUCUGAGUGCUGUAGAGCUGCAGGGCAAGAUCCAGCAGGUUGAAGCUGCCAACAAGCUGUUACAGGAAAAGCUGAAUGAAUUGAAUUUUCAAUUAAAUUCUGCCCAAGAAACAUCGCAGAGGCAAGAUCGUACAAUCCAGAGUCUGAAUGAGGCCCUGAAGAGCAAAGAGAGCAAGACAGAAGAGCUUUACCAUAUCAUUGAAGGGCAGAAUGAGACAAUGGCCAAGCUGCAGGACAUGUUACACAGAAGUCAUCUGGGACAGUUGCAGAUGUCGGAGAGCCCACUCUCACUGCAGGAGCAGCAGAUGUCACUGCUAGAUCUUCAGAACACGCUUUUCUGCACCAAGUUGGAGGUGCAGAAACUGAAAAGAGCUCAGCGCCAGAAAGAGCAUCAACUGGCUGAAGCCAAGAGAGCAGCCCAGCUCCUAGAGACCGUGGUGUGUGAGGAAGAGCAGCAGAAAGAGGCAGCCUGGAAACAUAACCAGGAGCUGCGUACUGUGGUACAGCAGCUGCAGGCAGAACUUCAGAACAAGGCUCACCAGCUCCAGAACGUGGAGUGGGAGAAGUGCAGUGAGCUGCAGGCCCAGGAGCAGAGAGUUCAGCAUUUGAGUCAGCACCUGGCUCGCAAGGAGCAGCUUCUGCAGGAAUCGAGGGAGCUUCUGCAAUGCCAGCAAACCUUGGACAAGAGCCCUGCAGUCAUGAAUGCCAUGCUGGAGAAACUGCAGCAGCGAGUCAGUGACAGGGAUGCUGCUCUGGAGCGAGCAGUAGAUGAGAAAUUCUGUGCCCUGGAGAAGAAAGAGCAAGAGCUGCAACAGCUCCGUCUCUCGAUAAGGGAGCGUGGAACUGACCUGGAGAGGCUGCGCAAUGUCCUGUCUAGCAACCAGGCCACCAUUCAUAGUCUGGAGAGCCUCCUGAAAGCCAAAUCCCUGGAACUGGAGCAGGUCUCAGCAACCUGCCAAAACCUUCGCUGGCUCAAGGAAGAGAUAGAGGCCAAAUCCUGCAGCAGGCAGAAGGAGCAGGAGGGGAUCAUCCAACAGCUGCAGACCUGCCUGCAUGACAGGAACAAGGAAGUAGAGGAGCUUACAGCAACUCUGCUGUGCAAGCUGGGCCCAGGACAGAGUAAGGUAGCAGAGGAGCUGUGCUUGCGUCUCCAGCACAAGGAGAAAAUGCUGCAGGAUCUUCUCAGCGACAGGAACCGUCAGACCAUGGAGCAUGAUGCUGAAAUCCGGGAGCUGCUGCAGGCUGUGAGCACCAAGGAGCAGCAGAGCAGAGUGGCUGCUGAGAAGAUGGUGCAUGCUUUGGCUGAAAGGAGCUCUGAGUUACAACUUCUGCGCCAGCAUGUAUUGGGAAAGGAGCCUGUCAGGACCCAGUCAGCUGGUGCCAGGCUGUUGAAGCAGGACAAACAGCCCAUCCAAGAAAUACUGCAAGGAGCUUGUGAAGCUACAGCCAUUGCUGAACUCCCACAGGGGGACAGCAGCUGCAGGACAGAGGGAGUUACAAUGUCAGCAGCAGAACUGGAGAAGGAUCUUGUUGAUACCAAAGAGGAGCUGGAGCUAAUGGCAAAGAAGGAAAGAGAAAGCAGGCGAGAGCUCACUGCUCUCCAGUCUGUUGUGGCCACACAGGAGGAAGAGCUGCAGGUGCAGGCCUCAGAUAUCGAGUCCUUGACCAGGACCAUUCAGAUCAAAGAGGACCUCAUCAAGGAUCUUCAGAUGCAGCUGGUGGAUCCUGAAGAAAUUCCAGCCAUGGAAAGGCUGACACAAGAAGUGCUAGUGCUUCGGGAGAAAGUGGCCAUAGCAGAGUCGCGAGGACAGGAGGCUACUGGAAACAGAAGGCAGCAGUUGUUACUGAUGCUGGAAGGGCUGGUGGCUGAGAGAAAUCGGUUAAAUGAGGCUCUCCAGGCAGAGAGGCAGCUCUAUGGCAGCCUGGUAAAGUUUCACACACACCCGGACAGCGCUGCGAGAGACCAAACUCUGCAGGUGGAGCUGGAAGGGGUCCAUGAGCUCCGGGGACAGCUGGAAGAAGCUCUUGGAAGAAGCUUGGAAUGUUUGAGCAGGCUGGAGACACAGGGCACCAUAGGAGGUCAGGCCACAGGCACAGACAGUGAUGAUGUCAGCACCAACUUUACCUACAGCAUCAAGGAGGAGGCAGCCCACAGCUUGGCAACCCAGCACAGCAGCCCCCAGACCCGUAAGGAAAGCAGGGGCGCUGACACAACCCUGAUGGGGACCACAGCAUGCACUGUGCCAGAGAGGGAGCUGCGGGCGGAAGAGGAGCUGCGGGAGCUGAAGGCGCAGCUGGAGGAAGCCGGCUUCUCUUCUGUCUCCCACAUCAGGAAGGCCAUGCUGAGCCUUUACCUCGAGAAUGCAGAGCUGAAGGAGCGGAUGGGUGAAGCCACAUCACUGCUGGAGAGUGGGGAGCAGGAGGAGGCUGGGCUGGGUGGCCCCCUGGCCCCUGAGCCCUGCAGGCUGCAGCGGAAGAGCCGCAGCACCCUUGGGGACUGCCCAGCUGCCAGUACAGAGCUGCGCUCCCAGGUGGCACAGGGACAAAGGCAGUGUCAAGAGCUGCAGGACAAGCUCGCCGCCUCGGCGGCCACCGUGCGAGCACAAGCCAAGCAGCUGGAGAAGUACCACGUCCUGCUCCGUGAACCCCAUGCCCAGCAGCUCAGCAAGCAAGUGCAGGUGGACUUCCAGGACCUGGGCUACGAGACAUGCGGGCGAAGUGAGACCGAAGCUGACCGGGAUGAGACCACCAGCCCUGAGUGUGAGGAGCCAGACGUAUUCAGCGAGCCUAGCCUGGGUGAGGAGCUGGGGUCCUUGUGCCAGCCAGGUAUGCCCAGAGCAAGUAAGGCUGCCCAGAAAGCCAUGGCCUUAGCAGAUGUGGGGGCCUUGCACCAGCACAUCCAGGACCUCAAGGCACAGCUGCUCAAUGCGAACAAGGUGAUCCAGGGCCUGCAGCGCCGCACCCGUUCCAUCUCCGUCACCAGUGGCUACACCUCAG